ACGAUGUCCACGACAACACAAAUUGUUCCUUCCAAUCCGGCAAAUCCGUUUGGAUCGGGAUCCGUGCUAAGAGGAACUGUGAAAAGUAUUCUAUCCGGUGACACAAUAAUAGUUCGUGGGGUGCCAAAAGGAGGACCCCCACCUGAACGAACCGUUGGUUUCAGUGGCAUCACAGCUCCCAAGUUGGCUCGUAGGCCAUUUGAUGCUGCUGCUGUGCAAGCUGAAGCUGCUGAUAAAGAAAUUAAAGAUGAGCCAUUUGCUUGGGAGGCCAGAGAAUUUUUACGAAAAAAGUUGAUUGGGAAAGAGGUUUGCUUUGUUCUUGAUCCAAAGACUGUAGGUAACAAAAAAGAAUAUGGCGUUGUCUACUUAGGGAAAGAUACAUCUGGAGAGAACAUUCUAGAAGCCUUGGUGAGCGAAGGCCUGGCUGAUGUUAGGAAAGGUGGAAUGAGAGUUGAUGACAAUCAAACUCGCCUAAUUCAACUCGAGGAGGCGGCCCAAACCUCUAAGAAGGGGAAGUGGGGUCCGACCGAAUCGUUGAGUGAGCACGUCCGAGACAUCAGCUGGAAUCUCGAAAAUCCCAGGCAGUUUGUUGAGUCUAACAAAGGAAAGGAGAUUGAUGCCGUGAUAGAGUUUGUGAGAGAUGGGUGUACGGUGAGAGCAUUCCUCCUUCCAUCGUUUCAGUACGUCACCAUCAUGUUCACCGGGAUCAAGACGCCGAUGUUUAAGAUGGAGGAUGGGACCUCAACAGCAGAACCAUAUGCAGAAGAAGCAAAAUAUUUUACUGAAGUUAGAUUGCUACAACGAGAUGUAAAGGUGCUCUUGGAAGGUACCUCAAAUCAGAACCUUCUUGCUACUAUCCUACAUCCGAGUGGCAACAUAACAGAAUUAUUAUUGCUGGAAGGAUUUGCUCACUGUUCUGAUUGGAGCAUGAAGAGUGUAACCAAUGGAGUUGAUCGAUUGAGAAGUGCUGAAAAGUCAGCUAAAGAAAAGAAACUUCGAAUUUGGAAAAACUUUCAAUCAACAUCUCCUGCUGUUGAAAUUAAGGAAAAAAAUUUUACUGGAAAGGUAGUAGAAGUUGUGAAUGGUGAUGCACUGAUCCUCAAACUGCAGGAUGGGACCUUCCAGAAAAUAUUUCUCUCCAGUAUAAGAUCACCCAGGCUUCAAGAUGUGGCAAAUGGUGAUGGAGAGGCAGCCAAUAAGAAAAUAGAUGCCAAAAAUAGACCACGCCCCCUCUAUGACAUACCAUACAUGUUUGAGGCCAGGGAAUUUCUUAGGAAGAAGCUUAUUGGCAAGAAGAUAAAUGUAGAAGUAGAUUACAUCCAGCCAAAAUCAACUGAAUUCCCUGAGAAAACAUGUUGCACAAUCAACUACGGUGGCAUCAACAUAGCUGAGGCCCUGGUCAGCAAGGGAUUGGCCACGGUGGUCAAGUAUCGACAGAACGAUGACCAACGAUCAUCAUUCUACGAUGACCUUCUGAAGGCUGAAGAUCGGGCUAUGAAAAAAGGCGUUGGUCUUCACAGUAAAAAAGAGGCUCCCGUCAUCAGAGUGGCCGAUAUUUCUGGGGACCUACAGAAGGCCAAGCACUUCUUAUCAUUUCUUCAACGAGCGGGCAAGUGUGAGGCUCUUGUUGAAUUUGUGGCCAGCGGUUCGAGGUUCCGAUUGUACAUACCCAAAGAAACUUGCCUAAUUACCUUCUUGCUUUCUGGCAUCGAGUGUCCCAGAGGGGCUCGUCCAUCAGCAGCAGGGGGUCCAAUGAUGCCCGCCGAUGCCUUCGGGGAAGAAGCCUUCAACUAUGUCAAGGAGAUGAUCAUGCAGAAGGAGGUUCUUGUAGAAGUAGAAUCGAUGGACAAAGGUGGAAAUUUUAUCGGUUGGUGUUUCGUGGAUGGUGUCAAUCUGUCUGUGGCUCUGGUGGAGGAGGGACUUGCAAGGGUGCACUUCACAGCUGAAAAAUCGAAUCAUUAUGGAGCCUUGCAGCAGGCUGAGGGUAGGGCUAAGAUGAAGAAGCUAAAUCUCUGGAGCAUUGAGGAGGAGAAGAAGGAAGAAGUUCAGGAAGUGGUGGCCGUCGAAAGGAGGAUUAGCUAUCAGACCAUCGUCAUCACGGAAAUUUCGAAUGAGUUACAUUUCUAUGCACAGAAUGUUGAAACCGGACCGAGUUUGGAGAAAUUAAUGAACCAGCUGAGAUUAGAUUUCAAUCACUCACCACCCAUCCCUGCUUCCUACACUCCUAGGAAGGGCGAACUAUGUGCUGCCAAGUUUUCUGAUGGUGAUUGGUACAGAGCCUUGAUUGAGAAGACCAUUCCUCCGAACAAAGCAACCGUCCUGUAUGUUGACUAUGGGAAUCACGAGACAGUGGACAUACUGCACCUAGCCAGCCUACCAUCCACCUAUCAGGCACUCCCACACCAAGCUCAUCUAUACGCUCUUGCCUGCAUCACUCUGCCUAAAGAUCCCGAAGACGUUCAAGCUGCAGUCAAAUUUUUUUCAGAGGAAGUAGCUGGUCGACAGUUUCUACUCAAUGUUGAAUACAAGAACUUGGGAAUAGAUUACGUAACACUGGUUGAUGCUGAUGACAAGGAGUUGGACAUCGGUCAGUUACUAAUCAGUGAAGGAUUGGUCGUGUCUGAGAAGAGGCGUGAAAAGCAUUUGAAAGAAUUAGUCGAUAGAUACAAGGCAGCAGAAGAAAAAGCAAAGAGAGACAGGGUGAACCUUUGGAAUGCCUCGCCAUUCGAUCGAUCAUCAUCAAAAUGAACUCUGAAUGACGGAUACUAAUUGCACCAGCAUGAAUCAUUAUUAUUACUACUGUGUUGCCAAUGAAUUUUUAUUCAGUAAUAAUAAUUAGUAUUCCACUUAUUAAUAUUAUACUAAGGUUAAUUAUUAUUAAUAAGAAUUAAAUUAUUAUAAUGGUUAGCUCGAUAAUUUCAACUCCAGUCCAAUUCUUUCGCCGAUUUUGUUGAUUUAUAUAUAUGUGUGUGUGUGUGUGUUUCUGAAUAAGAAAGAAUUAUAUAUUACAUUAUUGUUAUAAUAGUGAGCGUUUGUUAUUUAUAUAAUAAUUAAAAAAUGUCUCAAUUGUUUUUGCGAUUGUAAUAGCGAGGAUCAUGUUUUUGUUGAAUUUUAAGAUAUUUAAGCUUACUCAAGUGUUUACGCGAAUAUAUGUAUAUGUGAAUGUUGAAUAUAUGUCUGUAUUGAUUGCUUCAAUAACAUUCAAUCAAACAGCUCAGUAAAAUUAUUGUGUACGUUAUGGGGAAGGAAAUACUCUGAUUGACUGAUUGAUUGAUUGAUUAGUCGAUUGAUUGAUUGGUCGAUUGAUUGUCAUCUCUUAGUCAUUGUAUUAAUUACGUAAUAAAAAAAAUAAUUAUU